UGCGCUCCGGUGCCCGCCACGCCGGGCGCGAUGCGGUCCUGGACGGCCCUGGGCCUGGCCCUGAGUCUGCAGCUGGCGCUGACGCGAAGCAGCGCCGAGAACGGUCCCCCAGCAUCAGCCCCCCAGGGGGACCUGCUGUUCCUGCUGGACAGUUCAGCCAGUGUGUCACACUACGAGUUCUCCCGUGUCCGGGAGUUUGUGGGGCAGCUAGUGGCUCCACUGCCCAUGGGCCCCGAGGCCCUUCGUGCCAGCCUGGUGCAUGUGGGCAGCCAGCCACACAUGGAGUUCCUCUUCAACCAGCACAGUUCUGGGCAGGCUGUCCAGGAUGCCAUACUUGCUGCUGCCCAGCGUAUGGGCGACACCAAUACAGGCCUGGCACUGGCUUAUGUCAAGGAGCAGCUAUUUGCUGAGGCAGCAGGUGCCCGUCCAGGAGUCCCCAAGGUACUAGUAUGGGUAACAGAUGGGGGCUCCAGUGACCCCGUGGGCCCACCCAUGCAGGAGCUCAAGGAUCUUGGUGUCACCGUCUUCAUUAUCAACACUGGCCGAGGCAACCUGCUGGAGCUGUCAGCAGCUGCCUCGGCCCCUGCUGAGAAGCACCUGCACUUCGUGGACGUGGAUGACCUGCACAUCAUCACUCCCGAGCUCCGAGGCUCCAUUCUUGAUGCCAUGCAGCCUCAACAGCUCCACACCUCGGAGAUUAUGCCCACUGGCUUCCGACUUGCGUGGCCGCCCCUGUUGACCUCGGACUCCGGUUACUACGUGUUGGAGGUGGUGCCCAGCGGGCAACCAGGGGCCGUGAGACGCCAGCAGUUGCCAGGGAAUGCCACUGGCUGGACCUGGACCGGCCUCAACCCUGACACAGACUACGACGUGGCGCUGCUGCCCGAGUCUAACGUGCGCCUCCUGAGUCCACAGCACGUGCGAGUUCGCACGUUACCAGAGGAGGUCGGUCCGGAGCGCAUCGUCAUCUCGCAUGCCAGGCCGCGCAGCCUCCGCGUGAGCUGGGCCCCCGCGCUGGGACCGGCUGCUGCGCUUGGCUACCACGUGCAGCUCGGGCCGCUGCAGGGCGGCGCGGUGCAGCGCGUGGAGGUGCCCGCGGACAGCAACAGCACCACUCUCCAGGGCCUGACGCCCGACACCGCCUACCUGGUAACUGUGACCGCCGCCUUUCGCUCGGGCCGCGAGAGGGCGCUGUCAGCCAAGGCUUGCACGCCUGCGGCUGGGCGGAGCCGCGCCUUGAGUAAACCCUUUGCCCGGGCCCCUGGCCAGUGAGCUGCUCGCCCUGCCCACCCGAGGGCCCCUCGUCUCGACGAGGCGCCGCCGCCGCCGCCUAGCUGAGGUUUUGCCCGGGCGAUGGGGGUGGGAGUAGCCGAUCCUGCCUUUGCCCCGCGAGACCCCCAGUCCUUUCUCUGCAGGCCUGCCAGGGGUGCACUUGCCUUCCGGGACCCAGGCCUAGUCUGACUCCUGAGACCUUGCUGCACUCUGGCCGCGCGGGGUAGUGUCAGACCUCUGCUGUUGCCAGUUUAGAGCUGAUCAUACAGUGUUCUUUGGCCAGCAUUUUUUCACAGAGAUGGACAGUGUCUGAAUGCGGGUUGGCAAUUAGACCCAAAACAGGCCUCCAGGAUUGGAACCCUCCCAGUCCUCAAGCCUGUGCUUAAGGCUGGGCCCUCUGGUGGCAAGGUCCCAGCAUGAGUUGGAGAAGGGCCACGGACCACUCAGGUCCUGUGUGUGGAUAGCCAGUGGAUGGUAGAAAGGAGAGGCUGGGUCACCAAAGGCUUCGAAAAGGAAGGACAGGAAGGGGCAGGGGGCUGAUGGUAUCACCACGUAGUCCACCAGGAUCACUGCCAGUAUGGAGGGCAGUGUCUGCCAGGUACACUGGCCCUGCUUUGCUGCCUAAGAUUCAGGCUCGACCCUGCUAGCAAUGCCUGAGAUACAGAAAGCAUCUUUGGGGAGGAAUGGAAUGAGAGUCUGGCUUUCAGGACCGUGUGGAUAGGCGUCCCCUUGCCACUGACGGGUUCUAAGGCCAGCAUCUGCAAAGAGGCCUCCCCUGGUUUGGUAUUGGAGAGGGGAAACACACAAGGUUCCCCAGGGUGGAUCCACUCCAGUGACUGCAACACCUAAAACUAACAGGUCAUGCUAAUGGGCUACCCCUUGUCAUCUACCUAUCCUUGGCUGCAGACAAAUCAUCAAGGGUAGGAAAGACCUGGCCUGACCCUUUAGCUCCUAUGUGGGCAGGGCUUCCUCUCCCAGAAUCCUGUGCGUGCCCCAAGUCAAUCUCCCUUCACCUCUCUUUCCCCCUAACAACCCAAACUCCAAAAUACAGCAAGUCAGAUGUAAACCGA